GUCGACUAUCAUUAAUAAUGGAUUACCUGAUUGAUUUAUAGGUUUUAUUAACUUUCUGAUUUGUGGCUCCGGCUACUCGGUUUCUUUCUUCAGUGUAUUGUUUAAUUUCUUCAAUGUUUGCGAAAAUGGAAAGUGGUUUUGUAUUUUUAGUUUUGUGUGUAGCGUUCGCUUCUGGACAGACUUUGUUACAGAGGGCACACGUCGUCAACCAUGACAAGUUUUUCACAGAAGUAAUGCAAGAAACUAUUUUUGAAUUAGAACGAAGAGGAUUCAGCACCCUAAAGUUGACGAAUAUCACCCAAAAUAUCAACACAACGAUGUACAGAUUUCAAGUACUAGGUACAGUCGAUUACUACAACGGCUUUUUGGUCUCAAUUCAGCAUAUCAGCGUUACAAACAUGAGGCAAACUGUCGGAACAAACACCGUUGAUGGUGUCUCUUCACCAACAGCUACAGUCCAUGGGAAUUUGAACCUUCUCGACACAAGACUUGGCUAUGAUGUGCUUUACAAGCCCACGGAAGGGGAACCGCAUCAUUUCACUGGUGACUUCAACCAUGGUAGCAUUAGAUGGCUUAUAUCAAUUAUGAAAAAUUUGAACACUAAGGAAAUAACCCUUUCCUUGACAUCGGAAGCAUCUGGUGGACUAGUUUAUAUGUCGUACAGGCCAGAUACUAAUAUAUCUCAAGUUCUUUCGAGACAUUUCUUUCCCUACAAUAACGCAGACGGUGUUAGGACAUGGGCGAAUACUCUAUCACCAAUCAUGUUAGAUGUUAUUGCAAAUAAGGUGCCGUUCCCAGAAGUCUGCUACAGCCAUUGUUAAAACAACGCAAAGAAAAGAGAACAAAAAUGUGUAAAAAUAAUUAUCAUUUAAAGACUAAUUAAAUAACGUAUUAAGAUUA